GGCACUGAUGAGGCUGCACUGCUAGGCACUGAUAGGCUGCAGUGAUGGGCACUGAUAGUAAGAGCUGUGAAGAUGUGGAAUAGACUCCUUCAGGGGCGGACUGACAACUUAUGGGGCCCCAGGCAAUAGGGGAUCAUGGGGCCCCUGUGCCCUUGCUCAAGCUUAAAAAAGCCUAUGAAAAAGGUACCAGGGGCAUCUCAUGGGGCCCCCUACUGACCCUGGGCCCUCGGGCAGUGCCCGAGUUUCCAAAUGUCAGUCCGCCCCUGGGC